UGUUGNCAUUCNUUUUGUCUUUUUUUUUUUUUAGAUCCACAUUUAAACUUCAAUUCUAUGCUACAAUACGGAUAUAAAGUUCAUACUUGAAAUAAUAUAAUAAAAUAAUGAGAAAAACGUAUGUGGUACCAGCGUUUCUGAACGGUCAUCCUGAACACUAACCGACAAAUCUGUCGAUCAGCUGUUUCAAGAUGACAGCUGAUCCAGCGCGUUGCGGCGACGCGGCUCAGGAAAAGGAGGGAUGAAAUGACGACGACAGGUUGUAUGUUUUGCGUUGUGAUAAGAGAAACGUAACUGCUAAAAAAAUGGCUACGAGGAAUCUGACCGAGCCUUUCGUUUUGAUGAGGAAUAAUGCUCUACAGAGUAGACGCAUCUAUGCCGAACAAAAUCUUAACGAGCGCGUGGCACUGGUGGACUCGGAUUCUGGAGCUUCCGACAGUGUCGAGCUCACAGGUGUCAGAACGGACAGUAGCGCGCCGCCUGCUUGGGCGGAUGCCUUGGAAGAGGCACAAUACAUCCUGAGCAGAUUACGAGUGAAAAUUGAUACUCUGGUCGAGCUGCAUUCUAAGCAGCUCACCAGACCUACCUUGGACGACAAGUCUCAGGAAGAACGACAAAUGGAACAACUAACUCGAGAAAUUGGACGUUCGUUUUCCAAUGGCUAUAGACAAGUACAAACAAUCAAGUCGGCUGGCAGACACGAAAGCAAACCUGCGGAACGUCGACUAGCCGCCAGUGCAGUAAUGGCCCUUUCGACUGCUUUGCAGGAAUUGGGUCUUCGGUAUAGGCAAGCACAGAAUCAUUACCUCACACAGAUGAAAUCGAGAGAAGAGAGAAACAGUCAGUUCUUCGCGGAAGACCAAUCUCUUUUGGAUAACAUAGCAACAGAUUCUUGGGUAACAGAAUCGAAUGAAGCGACUAACAAUUACUGGCAGAGAAGCGAGCAGAGACAAGACUCGGUUUUGUUGCAAUUGGAGGAACCUGAAGAUAGAAUGAAAUUAGCUCUAGAGAGAGAAGAGCAAAUUGGAAGUAUAGUCCAGAGUAUAGCAGACUUAAAACAUAUUUUCAAGGAUCUUGCAGUGAUGGUGCAGGAUCAGGGUACUAUUUUAGAUCGAAUUGAUUAUAACAUCGAGCAGACACAGGUACAGGUGCAGGAAGGUUACAAACAAUUAAAGAAAGCCGAUUCUUACCAAAGGGCUAAUAAAAAACUGUACUGCAUCGUGAUUCUCGCGGCAGCUGUCAUAUUACUUAGUUUCUUGUUCAUUAUAUUUAAGCUGUAGGGUAAAAACUAUAUAAUUGGACACACAAAUAUAAAUACGGUUCUCGGGAAGCGUAGACUUCGAAUAGGAAUAAUAAUACGGCCGCAAGAGACAUCCGAGCAUUUUAAUAUAAAUAUAAAUAUAAAAUAAAUAUAAAAAAUAUCGAUAUAAAUUUUUUAAUUAAAAUUUUGUCAUUUAUAUUCGGCUAAAAUAUUUACAAUGGCUCUUUGCUGUUUCCAAGGUCGUAUUAUUGUUCUUGUUUUCAGAACUUAAACUUGUUGCCAUUUAUCGUGUUCCAUAAAAUUUUAAAACGUCUAUAUGAAAAUCUGUUAUAUAGUAAUAUGGGAAGAAAAGUAUUUUUUAAAACAGUACGUGCGCAAGUUUUCUCUCGAAGUGAUACACGUAAAGAAAAAAAAACAUUCGUAAGAUUUGCAUAUACAUUUGAUGCAUCUGUUAAUAAAUUAGUUCAACACACCAGUUAUUUAAUUAUCACUGUGGCAUUAAUCUUCUAAUUUUGAAACUUGUUCACAGUACAUGAAAGUUUCAGUUCUUGUGUAAUACGUGUAUAUAUUAAAUAUCAUUAUAUAAAUAUACAAAUACAACAAACUUAUUUAUUUCAUACGACUGUA